AUGGCUCCAAAUGGUCAUUUUUUUGCCUUUUUCGGCAGUACUGGUGUUGGUCCUGUAGCAGCUGGCUGGUGGUGGAUGGAAGUUGAUUUAUCAGAUUCAUGCUCCGCGUCAUUUGGCUCAUUAGUUGCCGAUGGUAGCGCUACACACCAUGCGUACUACAUCGGCGGUAUCGCUUAUGUUCCGGGUGGAGGAAAUUAUUUCUAUGGUUGGGCAAGCGCUCCUACUUCUGAUAAUGGUGCUGGACCGUGGACAGAGACAUUAUUGAGCCCUAAGGUCGACACGCUGAGGGAGGCGUUUAGCUCGCCUCCCAAGAGCUGCGGCAAAUCCUUUCACAUCUUCACCAUCUAUCAGCUCGUUCGCAAGUUCUACGACAGGGAGAUUAAGACAUGGGCCGAGCUGAUAACCACACUCGGCGUCGAGGCCCCCGACCCGACAAAGGACGAAAGCUCGCAAAAGGUAGCUCAGUACGGCAUAAACUCGAUGCACGUCAAGAGCUUUUUUAAGUAUCUCAUGGACAUACCCAACGACUACUGGACGAACAUCCCCACCGACGCCGACCCGACGGCGAUCCGUGUUCGCGACGGCGUCGCCAUUGAGGACGACAUGGCCCUGCGAUCCAUCCUACCGCAGAUACGGCCAAAGAGAGGCUGUAGGUCGGCCGAGGAAGAGGCGGCGGUGAAGGCUUUGGCGAAGAGGAGGCGAUUAAUGGCUUCGUCCGCCGCCGGCAACCAGUAUCCAGCGGCACAGCCGUCGUGGCCGGCAGAUGCUGGCGGCCGUGCCUUUGCGUUGCCAGGUCCGGACAUGCCGCACCGCGUCGACUACGACAGCCUGUACCCGGUACCGCCGAGCAUCGGUCAGAGGCCUGCAUCGGCCGUAACGCCGACGCCGAACGAUGCCGGCCUGGGGGGCAACAGUCCCUAUAUAAAUAGUGCCAAUAGGGUCAAUGGAGCGAAUGGAGUCAAUGGUGCCAGUGGUCUCUACACAAAUAGCCACUGUGACACCUACGCAAACGGGGGUCAAACGGCCAUCAUAAUACCCAUACCAACCGAGAACACAAAGCCUCACGAGAUCGGCAUCGAUGCCCCCCCAAGUGCCCAAAGGCCGUUUCAGCCCGUUGCUAUCUGCGGUAUGGCAUGUCGACUACCCGGAGGCAUCCACUCCCCCUCGGAGCUCUGGUCUUUUCUUCACGCCGGCAAGGACGCCCGAGGUCCCGUACCGCCCACUCGCUACAAUAUCUCGACCUAUAACUCGCCGGACAAGAAGCCCGGCAGUAUCAUCGCCCGUUCUACCAACGACCUGGCCGCGUUAGCUACGUCCUUCUCCAUACCACGAACCGAAGUCGAGACGCUUGACCCCCAGUAG